UAAAUGAAGAUGGUAAAUUUUAAGCUUGGCGAUUGUGAAAGAUCAUGUUACUCAGUAAUAUCAUAUUUCUUGGCUAUUUAUUGGUCAUCGUUUCGUACAGUACAAUCAGUUAUUCAGUUCUCGCUUGCAUGUUUUUGUUGUUAUGGUAGGAUUCUACCUGUACAUGGAAUCUUCACAAACCCGCCCUGGACAAAGAGCAGACCUUGUGAGCCCCUGGACUGCGGCGAGGAGAGGCGGACAAUGCCUUAAGCUUUACUACACCAUGUACGGUAGUACGAUGGCUAGUCUGGCCAUCAAGCUGGAAUUAUCCAACGGCAAAAAUUGGUUUAUUUUCUACAAGAAUGGUAACCAAGGCAAAGUCUGGAAGAAAGGGAUGGGAAAAAUUGAUGUUUCCAUGGGCUUGUCAUAUAAACUCACCAUUCAAGGCACAGUAGGUCAGACUGGAUACUCAGAUAUUGCCAUCGAUGAUGUGUACAUCGACCCUGGACUAUGCAGUAAGUAGUGCU